AUGUCUUGCCGCAUUAUCCCUACGCUAUGGCAAAAGAUGGAGACGCUUCCAGCUGGUACUGAGCUGUUUACUCGCGUUCUAACAUGCCUCGAUGCAGUAAGCAUCGCGAGACUCUUGCAAGUGGAGAAACGAAGUCGCAGGAGCGUCCGGAAGCUGUUCUCGACCAUCGAAACGAUACGCUCUCGUGUGGCAUUAGCGUCUUUGUGUUUUUCUCGUCUACGUGUGGAGUUUCAAGCGUAUUACCAAGUGCUAGAGACUCAAAACAUUCCGCGUUCGAACGAUCCUCGUGUACCUCCCCGUGUUGCUGGAGGAGCAGUGUCAUUGAAGCCAGUAGAACUGCCGGACGUGCACGCAAAUGGAUUAACUGCUCACUUUUUAGCAGCGUCCAAUACUGCAGGAAAUCGACCAAUGCUCAUGAACGUGGUGCAAACCAACCGUCGGAUUUAUACAAUGAUCACGGUGAAGUUGCUGCAGUCUGGUGAUAAUCAAGACAGGAAUGAUACGAGCACUGAGCUGGUGCUACGUAGUUACUCGUACCUCAAGGAGUUUGGGGAAUGGAAGACGCCGACACUUCCAGAGAAACACAAACUGGCAGCAGCCAAUUUUGGAAGUCACCGAGGUCAAUUCGAUCUGAUCUCGCAGGAUGGCAGUGUGGUUUUGGGAUUGGAAGUACCGAGGGGUACAGAUGCCCAGAUGGAUUAUUAUUUGGUGAAACAAGCCACAGUGUCCAUUCAUAUCCAAGAGCUUUUGCAAGUUUAUUUUAUAUCGCUACGGCCGAUUAAAUCUUUGCCUGAACCUUCGCACCGCGAAGCAUGCAACAUUUCGAUCACACUUCGGUCAAUAGCAGGGAAACUAGUUACACGUUGUUGUGUGCCUGGGUAUAUUACGCGAACUGGGAUCGAGAAUUUUGAGGUUGUUAACCUUCCCACUGACCCAGGCUACGCGUGGCUCGAGGUGCGAAGUAUGAACGAAGCAGCUUUAUCGAGACGGUCGUGUCUCUAUUAUUACGCUGUAGCGCUUCAUCACGGUGCUAAGAAAGUCCCAGGAAGUGGAGAUUCGCGAGCGAUGCAGUUCAAUUGGCUGCCAGGCUUACUCGAAUCAUUUCCCACACUGGAAUCUCGGCAACGGCGAUGUCUGAAGGGCAACCUACGCAUGAUGACUUCGUCGAACGGUAGCAUGUUGCAAGAACUGACGCUAGUAGCGCAGAGAUUGCCAACAGCGAGGCUAGAACGAUAUGCAGCUCGGAUCGAGUCGUACACAAGACAUGAGUCAUAA